UUCCGUUCGUAACGGUCGCACAAUACCUUUAUCGUCCUUUACCGUAGCAGGCACCCGUGUAUUGUAAAUCGCGCGCUCUUCUUCGUGCGGCUUUUCUGUUUUUAUUAUGCUCCCUCUCUCGCCUCUUCGUACCAGUAAGUGAGCGAGUGUUGGUCAGUGCCUGACUGGAAUUACAUUACAACGCGAAGUCGCGGCGGCACGGUCAGUGUUUUGGGUUUGAUCGUUUGUGUGUGUUGAGGUGGUUUAAAUAUUUCCCUUUUUUGAAGUUUUCGUAUUGGUGAGCUGGAGCAGUUGAGGCGAGUUGAUUCAGUUCGAAUCGAGGUGCCGUCGUCGUCGUUCGUCGUGGAGAGCAACGCUUGCAACGCGUUCUCAAAUUAAGUGGCUAAUUGUUUACAACUGCCGAGUGAUUCAGCGAUGACCGGAGAGGUCAAAGUGUGGUGAUCCGCCAAUAGGCUAGUGAAGUGACCACGGGAGCAGUGCACAAGUUGGAUUAAUUGGGGAGGUGACCCGAAAGUGAGAAAAAAAGGGAGGUUCCCGCAGUGAAGCGUGGACUGGUUGGGCCCCACGACCCCGGACCGGAGACCCGCACCAAUACAGACAGACCCCAAAAUUGGCCCCGUGCCGGUAACGGCAGCAGCAUGGCAGCACGCAGACGGCAUCCGACGAUCGCGUCGGGUGCGGUACUGCUGCUGAUCUGUCUCAGCGGUUCCACCUGGGGCCAACAACCGCAAGCGCAGCAGCAACCGCAGUCCAACAACCCAAACGAUGUGCCACGAUACAACCCGCUGGACCCGUUCAACCGGGCUCGACCAUCGUACCAACCGGGGAACUCGCCGCCCGCGGGUAGCGAUCCUCGCAACCCCAACUACAACAACCGGGACUACUACGGUCCCGGUGGCACGAGCCAGCUGGACUCGAACAGCAUCGACAACCGGUUCGACCCGAGCCGCGAUCGCGAUGGACCGACCCAGUCGAGCACUCCGCGCGACCUUAGCUUCGGGCGGUUCUCGACGACGCCGCGCAGUCGGUUCAACUACUCGCCGGGCAGUAGCAGCCGGAGUUCGUUCCUGGACCUGUUCAACAACAACGCCCUGGUCAAGGAGAUUUCGUACUUUGUGGUGGCUUCGCGCAUGGUCCGACCUGGGCAGAUCUACAAGGUGUCGGUGAAUCUGGUCGAAUCGCAGCAUCCGAUGGCGGUGCGGGCCAGUAUUUCGCGCGAUGGUGUGGAGUUGAGCAACGAGCUGAAGUCGAUUCAGGUGGGCGUGCCGGAGACGCUGCUGAUGCGGAUUCCGCCGACCAGUGUGAAAGGGGAGUACAAACUGCGGGUUGAGGGAUCGUACGAGAACACUUUCGGGGGGUACGUGUUUGUGAACGAAACGCGGCUGACGUUUUCGCAGCGAUCGAUGACGAUCUUCAUCCAGACGGACAAGCCGGUGUACAUGCAGGGUGAGAUGAUCCGUUUCAGGACGAUCCCGAUCACGACCGAGCUGAAGGGAUACGACGAUGCCGUCGAUGUUUACAUGCUGGAUCCGAACGAGCACAUCAUGCGGCGGUGGCUUUCUCGGCAGUCGAACUUGGGUUCGGUCAGCUUGGAGUACAAACUGUCCGAUCAACCGAUCUACGGCGAUUGGAAGAUCCGGGUGAUCGCGCAGGGUCAGGUCGAGGAGACGACCUUCUCCGUUGAGGAGUACUACCAGACUCGAUUCGAGGUGAACGUCACGAUGCCGGCGUUCUUCUUCCAAACCGAUCCGUACAUCCACGGUAAGAUCAUGGCCAAUUUCACCAACGGAACGCCGGUAAAGGGUAACCUUACGCUAAAAGCAACGAUCAGACCGAUUGGCUGGAUGAACCCGCAGGCGAUCAACCACAUGAACCGAGUUUGGAACACGGGAAAUCGGCGCGAGUACGACCCGAACGUGCCGUUCUAUCUACAAAAGACCGAUCCAAACCUGUACAACGCCCAGACGCAGUUCACAAGCCAACUAAAUCAAGACAACCAGCCGUACGACCAGCGAUACCCUUCAAACAACUACCAGGAUUCGUUCAUGAUCGAGCGACACUUCAACUUUGACGAAGAGUGGCCCUUCUGGGUGAAGAAACCGGUCGAUACGGACGCCCAGUGGGACUCGUGGACCAACACCUACCGGGACACGCUCCCCUACCUGCGCUACUUCAACGGAACGUACCACUUCCGGUUCCCGAUGUCGGAACUGUCCCAACUGUUCACCACCAACCUGGCCGGCAUGGAGGUACUCAUCACGGCCCGCGUCGGCGAACGCUUCUACGACGAGGUGAUCGAGGGCUACGCCAUGACGCGCAUCUUCAACAGCUCAAUCCGGAUCGCGUUCCUCGGCAACUCACCGCAAGUCUUCAAACCGUCGAUGCCGUUUACGGUGUACUUGAUCGCGGAGUACCACGACGGGUCGCCUCUGCCGAUCGAUCCGUUCUACCCGGGCCGGAUGGAGAUCUCCGGUACGAUCGACAGUCGUAGCGGUGGAGGUCGAAACACGUUCGAACCGAAGGAGCUGCAAAUGUCGGACAAGCCAGGGGUUUGGGAGCUGAAGGUCGAUCUGCGGAACGAUCUUAACCUGGAGAACACGAAGACCACCAAUGAGUUCCUGAACGAGAUCCAGUCGAUGCGACUUUCGGCUAGUUACAUCCACCCGUCGGGCGAACGCGCCACGGCGGAGCUGCUGAUGUUGUCGCACUUUUCGCCGAACAAUCACAACUUGAAGGUUUCGAGCAGCACCAAGGACGCCAAGGUGGGCGAGUACAUGAUCUUCCACGUGCAGAGCAACUUUUACAUCAAGGACUUCCACUACAUCGUCAUGUCGAAGGGAAUCGUGCUGGUUACGGGGCAGGAGAUCAUCAGCGGUGGAGUUCGCACGAUGUCGAUCACGCUGAGUGCCGAGAUGGCCCCGGCGGCGACGAUCGUGGUGUGGCACAUUGGACGGUACGGUCGGGUGAUCGCGGACAGUUUGACCUUCCCGGUGAACGGGAUCUCGCGGAAUAACUUUACCGUGUUUAUCAACAAUCGGAAGGCGCGGACGGGGGAGAAGGUUGAGGUGGCGAUUUAUGGCGAGCCGGGAUCGUACGUGGGGCUUUCCGGAAUUGACAAUGCGUUCUACACGAUGCAGGCGGGUAACGAGUUGAGCUACGCGAACGUGAUCACCAAGAUGGCGUCGUUUGAUGAGCAGACGAAUGGGACGUUCAAGCAGACGUGGAUCUCGCACGAGGGAGAUCCGGACGAGUUGGUGUACUACCCGAGUUCGACGUUCGGAAUUGAUGCGAAUCGGACGUUCGAGUUUGCUGGGUUGGUCGUGUUUACGGACGGAAUUGUUCCGAGACGACCGAUGACUUGCGAUCCUGCGUUGAACUAUACGGAGUGCUUGAACGGAAGGUGCUACCGAAGUGACAAGCGAUGCGACGGGUACUUUGACUGUGAGGAUGGGACGGAUGAGGCGGGUUGCGACGAUCGGAACAGCACCAUGUUGACGGAUUUCCGCAAGUAUCGGUUCAACAGGAUCCUGAGACACUACCAGAACGUGUGGCUGUGGAAGGACAUCAACAUCGGGCCGCAUGGAAGGUUCAUUUUCAAUUUGGAGGUGCCGCAGAUUCCGGCGCUGUGGAUCGUGUCCGCUUUCGGCGUAAGUUCCAGCCUCGGAUACGGAAUGAUCCGGAAACCGAUCGAGUACGUCGGUGUUCAGCCAUUCUUCAUCAACCUGGAGAUGCCGACGGUUUGUCGACAGGGCGAACAGGUCGGUAUUCGUGUGGCCGUGUUCAACUACCAAACGGUGGACAUUGAAGUCACCGUUGUGCUGCACAGCUCUCCGGACUAUCAGUUCAUCCACGUGGAAGAAGACGGCAUCGUACGAUCGUACAACCCGAGGACGUCCUUUGGAGAGCAUCAAUUCUACAUCUACUUGAACGCGCAAGAUUCGUCCAACGUGUACUUGCCGAUCGUGCCAACCCGGUUAGGCGAGAUCGAGGUUACGAUCCACGCCUCAACACUUUUAGGAGCGCAUCAAAUCAGCCGCAAGAUCAACGUCGAACCGGACGGCCUCGUCCAGCACCGUCACCAAUCGAUCCUGCUUGAUUUGAGUAACCGUGCCGAGUUCCUGCAGUACAUGCACGUCAACGUGACGGAAACGCCGAUCAUCCCGUACGAGAUCGAUCGUUACUACGUAUUCGGAUCGAACAAGGCUCGUCUCUCAGUCGUGGGAGACGUCGUCGGUGCGAUCUUCCCCACAAUGCCGAUCAACGCCACUUCACUGCUCUCGCUUCCGAUGGACUCGGCCGAACAGAACAUGUUCAGCUUCGCCGCGAACUUCUACACGAUCCAGUACAUGCGUAACAUCAAGCAGCGUAACAAGCGGACGGAGAAGCUCGCCUUCCAGUACAUGAACAUUGGCUACCAGAAGCAGCUCAGCUACAUGAACGACGACGGAUCUUUUUCGCUGUUCCGCUCGGACUGGAACCAGUCGGACUCGUCCGUUUGGCUGACGGCGUACUGCGCGCGCAUCUUCACCGAGGCUUCGUUCUACGAGUACGAAAACUUCAUCUACAUCGACCCGGUGGUGAUCCAGAAGAACAUCCACUACAUCCUGCAGCAUCAGAAGGACGACGGAUCGUUUUGGGAGGUCACGUGGCUGCCCGAUCGCAAGGUCAACCAGUCGUCCAUCGACCCGAAGAACGAGAUCAUCCGAUCGAAGAACAUUACACUGACGGCACACGUGCUGAUCACGCUGUCCUCGGUUAAAGACAUCUCCGGGCGCCUCAGUUCGAGCGUAGUCCUGGCGGAGCAAAAGGCGUACAAGUUCAUCGAGCGCAACAUCGGACUGAUCAAGGACUUUGGCUCGCCGUACGAGAUCUCGAUCGUGAGUUACGCGCUGGCCAAGGCGAAGGCGCCGCAGGCGGAGCACGCCUUCAAGAUUCUCGCCAGCAGGAUGCGGAAUAUCGCCGAUCUCUCCUACUGGGGUAACGACGAGGUCCCGCAACCGCCGACCAAGCUGGAAAACCAGCGCUACUUCAGCCUGCCCCGUCUCCCCUACAAGUACGACUCGCUGAACAUCGAGACGACGGCGUACGCCCUGCUCACGUACGUGUCCCGCCAGGAAACGUUCAUCGUGGAACCGAUCGUGCGCUGGCUCAACUCGCAGCGUCUGACCGACGGCGGGUGGGCCUCCUCGCAGGACACCGGCAUCGUGAUGCUGGCGCUGGGCGAGUACAGCAAGAAGAAUCGCGUCGCGGACGUGACCAGCCUGUCGGUGACGAUCGACGCGACGUCACUGCCGGGUGAGUCCAAGGUGCUGCACAUUGGAAAUCGGAACCUGGCUGCCGCGCAGAGUUUGGAGAUUCCAAACGCGUGGGGUACGGUCCGCGUGCACGCCAAGGGUGUUGGUUAUGCGAUCCUCCAAAUGCACGUCGAGUACUCGGUCGAUUCGUACAAGUUCCAGACGAUGCCGCCGGUGAAGGCGUUCGAUCUGACCACGCGCACCAUCUUCCACGGCAGGAAUCAGUCGCACAUCAGUUACGUCGUGUGCCAGAGAUGGACCAACACGGACGAGUCGAUCCGGUCCGGCAUGGCCGUGCUGGACGUGGCCGUCCCCACCGGCUACAUGAUCCAGCAGCAGAAGCUCGACUCGUACAUCCUGAGCAAGCGGGUGCGCAACCUGCAGCGGGCGCGCUACCAGGAGCGCAAGGUGCUGUUCUACUUCGACUAUCUGGACAGCGACUUUGUCUGCGUGAACUUUACGCUGGAACGGUGGAUGCCAGUGGCCAACAUGUCCCGCUACCUGCCGAUCCGGGUGUACGAUUACUACGCUCCUGAACGCUUCAACGAGACGCUGUUCGACUCGCUGCAGACGUACCUGCUGAACAUCUGCGAGGUGUGCGGCAGCUCGCAGUGUCCGUACUGUUCGAUCUACAACGCCGCGAUCCGGAACCCGGUGUCGGUGGUGCUGCUGGUCGCGGCCAGCGUGCUCAUCGUGGCGCGUCACUACCGAAUAGUGAAUCCCAACAGUUGGAUCUUCUGGAACGAUUAAGGGGGGGAGGGGGAACGAUUUGCAUGCGAACUUUGCAUGAGCUUGAAGAACGAGAAUCCUGCCACCUGUUUUUUGCGUCUUGCUGCGCAGCCAGACGAGUGUAAAUAAUUUGCAAUUACGACAAAACCAUGAAAGCUUUUCUGCUAGGAAUGAAGAGAGUAGGGGAAGCUAGAAUAGACGAUGUUCUGACAUUUUAAUUCCUCUUCAAGACUUUUCGAACGAUCGAUCUAAACAAUUCCAUCCACGGCAUUUACUUUCACUGAAAAAAAAACAGCAAUAUUUUACAGAGCAGAAAUUUAAAAGAACGUCGCAAAAAUUCUACGUUUUAUCAGUAAAAGACAGAAACUAUGAAGUAAUAGUUAUUGUUUUAUUUUUAAAGUAUUUUUUUGUAGUUAGCGAUAACGUGAAUUGUAUUUGUUUUUUUCUCCUUAAGUUCUUAGCUGUAAUCUCACGCAACAGAAAUCUCCAGGCCGUCCAAAUUAUCUGGUCAAUAAUUCUCUGUAUUUUUUUAUACUUUAAGCACCCACAACUUAGUUUUAGAACUCAAACCGCUAACGAAUCCCAUCCAUUGAAGUAACUUAAGCGCGCGAAACGAAUUGUAGGCGAAGAAGAAGAAGAAGCAAUCUCUGUUUAGUUGACAACUUUCCAGCUAGUAGUGAAGAAUAACCGCUUACAAGAAUCGUACUUUAGACUUUAAAAAAAUAUGGCAAAACCUCAAUGAUACAAACAGUCAGGUGCCUUAACAAUCACACGAAAAGAAAGAGAUAGCGAAACAACCUCAGCGAAGUAAAAACGUGCGCCAUUAAAUGAAAUAUAUCAUAGAAAAAAAAGUUAUAUCAGCGUAGU